UUUACAUAAAUUUUUGGUUACAUCGUUUCGAAACAUGGGUCAUACAUGGGUUGUUCCGUUUAGCACGCAUUUUUUAUAUUUUACUAGAUCUAUUUUUGUUUAUGCGAUAUUCUAGCCGAGUUAACAAAAUGGAAAAAAAACAAAAAUCAGUUUCGGUGCAUACCAAUAAAAGGGAGUCACUAAGAGAAUUCAUUAAAGAAAGGCGAAAGAUGGCUGGCAGAGUUAUGGCAAGUGGAGAUGUAAUUGAAGAUCCGUAUGAAGCGGCUUACAGCUAUAAACUGAAAAAAAAGCAGCGUACCUUAUAUGCAUAUGAACCUGCCUUGGAGCACUAUAAUGUUUUUGACGCUGACUAUCCUGAAAACCCUCAACGAAGUGUUCUUAUACACGAACGCUUAAAAGAAUCAGGUAUUCUCGACAAAGUCUGCAAAUUGACUGAGGAUCAACACCUCCUUAUAGAAGAUGAUGAACUCUUGAAGUUGGCCCAUUCAAUGGAUCACAUUAACAAUAUCAGGUAUCUUUGCAGGGAAGUUAACCAUGAAGACUGUGGACUAUAUGAUAGCAUUUAUUGGAGAGCCAUGGACACCUAUCAUGCAGCAGUACAAGCUGCUAGGGUGUGCGUUUCCAUGGCGGCUGCUAUUAUGGUCAAUGACUAUGGGAAUGGUUUUGCCAACGUCCGACCUCCCGGACAUCAUGCCAGUACCGAUAUGCCAAACGGAUAUUGCAUUUUUAAUAAUGUGGCGAUCACGGCCGAAUAUUUGCUGUCUCUGGGGUUGGCCAAGAAAAUACUAAUAGUGGAUUAUGAUGUCCAUCAUGGCCAGGGUAUACAAAGGCGUUUCUAUGAUAGAAAAGAGGUAUUGUAUUUCUCAAUUCAUCGGUUUGACGAGGGAAGGUACUGGCCCUGCCUCCCAGAGAGCAAUUUCACCUAUAUAGGUGAAAAAGAGGGUUUAGGAUUUAAUAUCAAUGUUCCCUUAAAUAACAUUGGAUUAACCGAUGUAGAGUAUAUGGCAAUCAUACUCAAUAUUUUAUUGCCGGUGGCUUAUGAAUUUUCCCCCGAUAUAAUUCUUGUUUCUGCCGGAUAUGACAGUUGCCUUGGAGAUCGAAAGGGUUCAAUGAACGUUACACCUGCAUUUUAUGGCCACGUAAUCACCGCUCUGAGUGGCCUUGCCAACGGAAAAAUUUUGUGCAUCCUGGAGGGAGGAUAUUACCCGCCUAGUAUGGCUGAAGGAGUGGCAUCCACCAUAAGAGCGUUGUUGGGAUAUUCAUGUGACCAAACUGCACAUGGGUAUUACCUGAAGCCAGGAGUCGUUGAUACCAUCAAUGAUGUCAAACAGAUACUGAAGCCUUAUUGGAAUUGUUUCCAACUAGAUCCCGAGGUUGAGAUUGAGGACAUAUUCUCCUACGACCGGUACAAUCAACAUAUGGCUGUAGAAAAGUACUAUGGAACAAUGCUAGAACCUCCUUUUGAGAAAACUGGGUACCCAAAGUUGACUGUCGAAGAGGAGCGUUUAGCAGCGAGCAAACUACAUAUCCUUGUUUCUGAUUAUGCCGUAAAAGAAUACAAGAUCGGGUAUAUCUACUCAGACAAGUUCAAACUCCACAAGCCCCCUAAGAAGUCAACUAUAGUAGAAGCACCCGUUCGAAUUGAGGAGCUAAUGCAUAAAUUAAAAUAUUUCCAGUUACUUAACAGAAUGUUAAAAUUUCAACUACGUGUACAAGACGGUUGGGAAGAAAUUAUAAGGGCAACCCACAGCACUGAAUACGUUGAUCGGGUGAUUAAUGAAGAAGUUGACCAACGCCCUGAUCUGUAUACCAAUGAAUUCACCUCGGAAGUGUGCCAGUCGGUGAUUAUGGGCUUACUUAAUUUGGCUGUUGGCAUAAACGAUGGCAAACUGCAUGCUGGUGUAGCCUUGGUACGCCCUCCGGGGCACCAUGCGAAAAGGAACGAAGGUGGAGGGUUUUGUGUCCUGAACAACGUAGCGGUCCUCGCUAAUUAUAUGAUCAAAAAGUUGAAUUUUAAAAGAGUACUUAUAAUCGACUUUGACGUCCAUCACGGAGAUGGGACGCAAGAGUUGACUUACGAGCGAAGGGACAUAAUGUAUAUGUCCAUGCAUCGAUUUGACAAUGGAAAGUUCUUCCCAAAUUGGGAACGUUCCAAUUACAAUUUCAUCGGAUCAGGAAAAUAUGCAGGAUUUAACGUCAACAUUCCUUUCAACGAGGCCAAAAUGGGAAAUUCUGACUACUUGUUCACUUGGUUCAAGAUCGUGCUGCCAAUUGCGUAUUGCUACACCCCUGACUGCAUUAUCAUAUCGGCAGGAUUCGAUGCCGGGAUUAAUGAUCCGCUAGGUUCCUAUAACAUUUCACCCGAAACUUUCGCGCACAUGAUUCAAACCGUGAAGCCCAUCGCGCCCAUCAUUCUUUCCCUCGAAGGCGGUUAUAACUCAGAAACGACUUCGCUCGGGAUGGUGUUAUGUGUGAAGUCUUUAUUGGGUGACCCCAUACCGGUACCCAAGCUGGAUCCCAUCCAGUCGGAAACCGUAACUACUGUCACCAACGUGAUUAAGGUCCUCAAGCCGUAUUGGCCGAUCUUGUUUAGCAAUAAAGCUUUGGGGAAGAAAGUGUAUUCCCAGGAGGAGGUAGACCACCUCAGAGAAAACAUGACGAAAGUGGAGGAAACGCAAACCAGCCCUGAUGUUUAGAAAUGUCUUCCACUAAGUACUAAGAAAAUAAUGUAAUUUUUUUGUUUUAUGGCUGUGAAACUGUUGCUAUUGAGAAAGUCACAGUUCCUAUUGAUUAGAAUAAAAUAUAAUUAAUUUCCUACUCUUGUCGCACAGUUAUCACACCUCUACGAGGGGCCAAACAGGGACUUGUUACUUUCUCCUAAUACAUAAUAAAUAAAUAAAUAAC